UGGGAAAGAAGCUCAAUGCAGCCCUCUGUGGAGACUGCCCGCCUCACACUGCUUUUCUUUCCAGCUCUUGCCAGCCCUGUCGCAGACCUGAGAAAAUGCUCCGGAGGCUCGGGGGUGCUGUGCCAGGACCUCAAGACGGCGGCGGACUGCGGGGCGGUGCGGCACUGCCAGCAGACUGUGUGGAGCAAGCCCACAGUGAAAUCCCUCCCAUGUGACAUAUGCAAACAGGUGGUCACUGUGGCAGGCGACCUGCUGAAAGACAACGGCACUGAGGAGGAGAUCCUCUCUAACCUGGAGAAGGUCUGUGACUGGCUCUCGAACCCCAACCUGUCAUCCUCAUGCAAGGAAGUGGUGGACUCCUACCUGCCUGUCAUCUUGGAUAUGAUUAAAGGAGAAGCGAGCAAUCCUGGCGAGGUGUGUGCCGCCCUCAGCCUCUGCGAGUCUCUUCAGAGGCACUUGGCGGAGCUGAACCGCCAGAAGCAGCUCGAGGCCAACAGGAUCCCAGAGGCUGACCUGCCCGAGGUGGUGGCGCCCUUUAUGGCCAACAUCCCCCUCCUCCUAUACCCUCAGGAUGGCCCCCGAAGCCAGCCCCAGCCGAAGGCCAGCGGAGACGUGUGCCAGGACUGUGUCCAGAUGGUGACCGACAUCCAGACCGCUGUGAGGACCAACUCCACCUUUGUUCAGGGCUUGGUGGAACAUGCCAAGGAGGAGUGUGACCGCCUGGGGCCUGGCUUGGCAGACAUGUGCAAGAACUAUAUCAGCCAGUAUUCUGAGGUCGCCGUCCAGAUGAUGAUGCAUAUGCAGGACCAGCAACCCAAGGAGAUCUGCGUGCUGGUCGGGUUCUGUGUCGAGGUCAAGGAAGUGCCCAUGCAGACUCUGGUCCCCGCCAGAGUGGCCGCCGAGAAGGUCCUCCCUGCCCUGGAGCUGGCAGAGCCCCUCGAGCAGGAGCUGGUCCGGGCCCACGACAACGUUGUAUGCAAGGCGUGCGAGUACGUGGUGAAGAAAGUGGUCGAGUUGAUUGACAACAAUAGCACUGAGGAAAAAAUCAUCCACGCUCUGGAUAGUGUGUGCUCGGUGUUGCCCGAGUCCGUGUCAGAGGUGUGCCAGGAGGUGGUGGACACGUACGGCAGCUCCAUCGUGUCGCUCCUCCUGCAGGAGGUGAGCCCCGAGCUGGUGUGCGGUGAGCUCCGCCUCUGCAUGUCCGGCAAGGGCCGCCUCGGCCAGCCCAGGCUGCCCGUGCUGCGCAGACUGCACGUGCCUCCCGCACGCGUAACUCCGCUAAAGGAUGGUGGCUUCUGUGAGGUGUGCAAGAAGCUGGUCGGCUACCUGGAGCACAAUCUGGAGAAAAACAGCACCAAGCAGGAGAUCCUGAGUGCCCUGGAGAAGGGCUGCAGCUUCCUGCCUGACCCCUACCAGAAGCAGUGUGAUGAGUUUGUGAGCCAGUAUGAGCCCUUGUUGGUAGAAAUCCUUGUGGAGGUCAUGGACCCAUCCUUCGUGUGCUUGAAAAUUGGAGCCUGCCAUUCUGCCCGGAAGCCUCUCUUGGGAACUGAGAAGUGUGUGUGGGGCCCCAGCUACUGGUGCCACAACAUGGAGACAGCAGCGCAGUGCAACGCUGUGGAACAUUGCAAACGUCACGUGUGGAACUAGAGCAUCCUUCCUGCGGGAACUGUAGCAUCCUUUCCUCCUUGUGUGUCUGGGGUAACAAACACACAGAUCUGUAUGACUUUGUUACAAACUAGGUUCCUUCCCCUGACCCCCAUUUCUCUCCCUCAUUGUAGCAUUGCUGUCACGUGGUUGGCGCGAUAGCUGCUUUCAGUGUCCUUUGUAUGCUGGAAGGUUGAGGACACUGGGCCUGAGGUCUCAGCUGUCCUCACAUGGCACUGGCUGGGGGAGUUCUCACUGCUUGUUUAGACCUUCUUCCAAGCCCUGAGAGGCAGCUGGGCUCUGGGGUCACCUCCUGUCCUACAGAGGGACUGUCUUCCCUUCCUGCUGCCCGACAAAGGCAGUUUCAUAUGAAAGAUUAGAAGCUCAGAAUAAUUAGGCUUUGAAAGUAACAUAAUUCCCAGUAUGAUGGCACAGAGUUUGGGAGUAGCUGCUGGUGGCUCAGAGGACACUGGUGGGACAUUGUCCCAGUGACCCGGGUUCGUUGUCCUGGGUCACCCUUUGAAUCUGCUUUCCUGUCUUCUCCUGUGGAUGCUUUGUUUGGGGUUCUGGCGUGGGGGGUGGGGUGGGGCGGGGCAAUUGCCUGACUGUAACCUGCUGGCUCUAGGCAGGGCCUGCAGGCCUGGCUUUUGUGUGAGGCCUUUGCACGGUGGUGACCACUGUCUGUCUGCUCCUGUGUCUGUGGCUUUCAGGGCCCUGCCUCGUGCUCGGCAUGCCCUGGUCCCCCUUCCCUUUCAAAUCCAUGUGGAUGACAAGCUCCUAAGCCUCUGCGUGGUAGAGGGUGACAAGCCGAGGCACCUGCGGGGUGGGUACUGGCCGGAUCGUGGCUGCUGCCUGUUUGGCCCCUGAAGCUUCUCUUCCGUUGUUGCUGGGAGGCUGCAAACAAAGCCAGCAAGCCAGCCACUUGCUAGUAAAUGGACUUCGUGAUUUUCAUUUGUUUUGCACUAAAGUUUCUGUGAUUUAACAAUAAAGUUCUGUUAACCAGA